AUGACCAACACCAUUGUUAUCGUCGGGCAAGUCUUGUUUCCGCUGCUCACACGGACCACAAACUGUAUCGCUAACGAACGACGUCCUCCAUCUAGCGGCGGUGUGUCUGGCCUCACAUCGGCGUACCUGCUCUCCAAGAGCAAGGGCAACACCGUCACCCUCGUGGCCAAGCACAUGCCCGGCGACUACGACAUUGAGUACGCCUCGCCAAUAGCAGGGGCCAAUGUCCUGCCCAUGAACCCAGACGCCGACAGCAGGUGGGAGCGUCGCACAUGGCCCGAGUUUGUGUGGCUUUGCAGAAACGUGCCAGAAGCCGGCUUCCACUUCAAGAACGCGCUUGUGCUCCGCCAGCACAAGGACCAGGAGGCAGACCCGAGCGGCGGGCCCAUAGAUCCGCUCUUCGACCGGGACCCGUGGUACCGGCACUUGACGCCCGACUAUCGGGAGCUCGCCGCGAGCGAGCUGCCGCCCGGGCAGGACAGCGGGUGCUCCUUCACCAGCAUGUGCCUGAACACGCCCAUGUACUUGUUCUGGCUGGUCGGGCAGUGCCUGCGGCAGGGCGUCGUCUUUCGGCGGGCCGUGCUCCACGACCUCACCGAGGCGCGGCGCCUCGCCUACAGCGGCCGCCCGGCCGACGUGCUCAUCAACGCGACGGGCCUCGGGGCGCGGACGCUCGGCGGCGUGCGCGACGCGGGCAUGCUGCCGGCGCGCGGGCAGAUUGUGCUGGUGCGCAACGACGGGUCGUCGAUGCUGAAUACGUCGGCCGUCGACGACGGCAGCGGCGAGAUACUCUACACGAUGCAGCGCGCGGCCGGCGGCGGCACCAUCCUCGGCGGCACCUACGACUUGGGCAACUGGGAGUCGCAGCCGUGCCCCAACGUCGCCACGCGCAUCAUGGCGCGCGCCGUGCGCCUCGACCCGGCGCUCGCCGGCGGCAAGGGCGUCGCCGGCCUCGACGUCAUCCGCCACGCCGUCGGGCUGCGGCCGUACCGCAAGGGCGGCGUGCGCGUUGAGCGCGAGACGCUGCGAGACGAGGUGGACGGCGCGAGCGUGCACGUCGUCCACAACUACGGCCACGCGGGCUGGGGAUUUCAGGGCUCGUUUGGCUGCGCCGAGAAGGUCGUCGAGCUUGUCAACGAGAUUCGCGCCGCUAACGGCGAGGACCUCUCCAAGGAGCCGACGCUGUUCAACUUUGAGGCCGCGGCGGCUUCCAAACUGUAA